AUCGCGUUGUAUUGGAUGGACCACGACGAGCGGGUGGACCUGAUAAUUUUAAAUCAGACACGGAUGAAUCAGUACGAACAAACAUGUAACCUCAACGGUCUAUUGCGCGCUUCCCGCCAACAGGUAACCGCAGCACAAUUUCGAAAUUUAAACGAGAUCGAGGCUUUUGAGGAACGGGAGAGAGAGAAACACUGAGAAGGAGCUCGUUUGUUUAAAGGCCGCUAACACCAAACAGCAUUCACACAAUUAGAUUCAAAUAUACAGGAAAUUUCUUCUCAUGUAAGGCAAUGUUUUUACUAGCAGUAAUUAAAGUGGAACAAUAGCUAGCAGAAAAAUGUGCAAGCAAGCUUAGAGAAUCGGAUUCUCAUCUAUGAAUGGGCCUGUUACUUCAAUUUUCAGUUUGCCGUGUUUCCUUUAACAUGUGCUUCACACGACGGAUGAUGUUGUUUUGGCUGACCGCGGCAUGCGAGUACAGCGCCUCCUAUGCCGUUGCGGCGGGCUCGAAACUCAAAGCCGGCAGGCGGUUCAGCAGCUCUGCGGAUCGAAGCCGUCGUACCACUUGAUAGAGACUCUAGAGACAUAUGAAAAGUGGCGCGCCGUCUAUAUGUUGUUAGUCUCGCAAGGUCUGUUGUACUCGUCAAAGGAAAGCAGGCCAUUGUAGAGUAGAUUGCGCAGUCAAUUUGCGUGUACUAUGGUACUGUUGAUCAUGGAUUGGAUAUGUGGGUGCAACCCGUGUUUCAGGCUGUUCGGCGACGGCGUCAGCAGCAGUUGUAGAGGUGGUAAGCUCUUGGCGGCUCAACGAGUCCCCGUGCUGCAGCUGGAGUACCGAAAAGAAAGUAACAUUAGUGUGUAGUGGAACGUGUUCGAGUAUUAGACCAUGGCGCGGGUCAGAACCGCCAAACGCGGUGGCGAAAAUGCAACUGAAGCCAAGUCCAAACCCAGUCGAGGCCGAUCUCGUAGAAGUGGUUCAAAUGAUGUACUUCAAGAACAAGAUGUCAACUCGCCAGUUCGGCUCAGACAGGAUCGCGAGUCCAAGUCCAUUACACCUGAUCGUGUCAAGGGGAAACAAACUAUACCGCACGAACGAGCCCAAAAGCGAAAGACUACCACAGUGGCGCCAUUUGAGGGGACCAAACGAAGAAAAACUGCCAUGAUACCAAAGCCGUCCAAGGUUCUUCAAAGCAGCCCGAUAAAUGGAAUCGGUGCUGCUUCCCAAUUGAACCCACUAAAGUCAUCGGUAGCUAAGGUUGUCGUUAAAACAAUAGAUCUCAGCAAAGUAAAGAAUAAAGCGAGAAAAAGCUCUCGCGAUUUAUCACUGGAGCGAAAGUCAACGAUCAGCCGUAGAAAUCAGCCUUCAAGAGGAGCGAAGACGGAAUCGCUUUCACUCAAUCAGGUUUAUCUCGAGACCUCCGCGCUUGCUGCUGCUAGAAAAGAAAUCACUGAUAUUCUCAUUAAGAAAAUGGAUUCCAAGUUAGCAAAGGAUAUAAAAUCAGCUCCGUUCUUGCAAAAUGGCGGUGGCGGUGAAAAUCGUAUCAGCAGAACUGGCAGGAGUAGGCGAAGUUUGACCAAUGUUGGCAGUCCAAAAAGCGGGAGCAGUAGCUUACCAGAUAGUAUCAAUGAUUCGAUUCCAGAUAGUGAACGAUUCGACUCAAAAAAGAAACCGCUGAACUCUGAUAUUGCUUCAGUAGUUCUCAAGGCUCCACUUCGCUUGCCCGUAACAGUGACAGCUAGCAUACCAGAGCCCUGGGUGACGAUGCCGUAUCAAGGUGCUUACGUUGAUUUUAGUCGGCGUUGCCGAAUCGCGAAUCCUCGAAAGAGUCUCUGUAAGCUUAUGGAGGAGUGCCGUAAGCAGAAAAAUACGUUAAAGCUGCCGGAAGAUGAUGUUUAUAUCGUUGAUAAAAUAGUUGCCCAUGAGGCCGUAAAAAAUCAAAUGAAAUUUCUUGUCCGAUGGAAAGACUGGACUCCGAAAUAUGACACGUGGGAACCUGAAGCUCAUUUGGUGGUAUCUAGCGCAAACUGUCUGCUGCUCGCCGAAUAUUUUGACAGGAAGAAAGAGGUAAAGCUUUCUCAUGAGUAUCUGGUGAAAUAUCUAAAGGCCACAGUGCUGCAGGAGGAUCCAGCGGAUUUACUUUUGCUAGCGACCCUUGCCGGGUGCACCCUUGACCCAGAACACGGGCCACCGAUUCCGUUUCGGAAAAAACGCCGCGAGAUGCAACAGCGCAUUAGGUUAAAUCUUGCUUUGGACAAGCAGGCCGUGUUAUUACAACAGUUCGGUGGCAAACUUUUCAAGUUUAUGGCAUUUGCUAAGAAACGUGCGCAAGGGCUGGACGAAAACGAACGAUGGGAAUCAUUGAUAGCAAAAUUUGAACCCGAUGCUCAAAUCGCCAUUGAAAAUGUCGUUGAUGCGGAAUCUUUGCCAAGUGAAUUCAAAUAUAUAACGGACUACGUUGUGAGUCCGAAUGUUCGUUAUCAGAAACCUUCGCGGUCGUGUAAGUGCGCGGAAGAAGGCUGUUUUGGCAAAGACUGUUGCGGCGUUCAUGCCGGACGAUAUCGCGGCUAUAUACGUGGUCAAUUAGCCAGAACAUGUGGGCAAGUACCGCUAUACGAGUGUAACCGCUUCUGCCAGUGUGGUCCGGAAUGCGAAAAUCGACUUAUUCAAAAAGGGGUGCAGCUGUCCUUGACAAUAUUUAAGACAACGUCACGCGGGUGGGGCGUGCGAGCGGAACAGAAAAUUGCUCGAGGUACCUUCAUUGCCGAGUAUCUCGGCGAGCUGAUGACCAGCGCUGAAGCAGUUUCUCGUCACUCUGUCAAUUUCUCGUACCUGUUUGAUUUGCAACCUUAUCGCGAUCGCCCGGUGGAAAAUACAGUUGAUGCUGCAGUUUACGGAAAUGUUUCUCGCUUUUUCAACCACAGUUGCGAUCCAAACAUAGCAAUCAGCUAUGCCUACAUAGAAAACCAUCAUCCAGGAGCGCCUCGGCUAGCUUUCUUUGCGCGACGAGAUAUCGCUCGCCACGAAGAGCUCACUUUCAACUAUUGCAUGCAGACGACUGGAACGGAGGGAACCUUAAAAAAGGUUGAAUGCAAGUGCGGCUCAGUGAAGUGUCGCAAAUUCCUGUUCUAAUUUUCGAGAUGUGUUUGAUUUGUUGUCGUUAAUUUAUUUUUAUCUUUUUCAUUAACAUCCGCAAAGAACCUCAUAGAUCGGUGUCCGCUGUAUCGUUACUGAUGGCACUGUGAGCUGCAUUACGAUUUAAAUAAUUAUUGGAGGAAGAUGUUGUACAUUGUUAGAUUUAUUCUAUUGUUUACGUUCAAUCGUCUCGUCACAGCGCAGAAUUAUAACCUUCGUUUUCGUCAUGCCUUUCGACUUACGUAAGUGACUGAUUACGUUUCAGUCUCUUUUAGCGACUUAAAAAUAACUUGUGAAUUAGAUUUAGACCAUAAAAAUCGGAUUAUCUUAAUGAGUUUUAUAGUCAAGUUGCCCAAAUUCACUCAUGCUAUAGCUAAAUUAAGAUCAAGCAGUGGGAAUCGCCUCUAUUAAUAAUCGUUUUUAUCUCGCUAAAAGAGUGUUGUUGUUAUCUAGCGCUCGCCUUUAAUUUCACCGUUUUGUUUAAGAUCCACUUAAACUAGAAAUAACAGCAGAUGUUAAGAUUAUGGGUAGUUUCCAUGGUGCUCACAGAAUAAUGCUGUUUACUUUAUACGAAACCGGAUAUCUUAUACUUUGAUAUAUAGGAAUCCGCAAAAAUAGUUGUGUAACUUCUUUAAAAAAAGCUAAAGCUUUUCGGUGUUACUACUAAAAUAAUCGCUUAUGGCGCCCGCGGUCUCUGUUAGAAAGACCUCGAUUCACGCUGAAGUGGCUAGAUGAGGAACUACAAAACUUCAAUGACUGCCACUUAGGGAUUCAAUGGAAAUCCUGUUUAUUAACCAAUCGCUAUAUAUGUAUUUACAAAGAGGUAGACCCUGCAUAUUUUACGCAGGUAGUACUAUGACAUAAGGCAGUAGAGGGAAUGUAUAAAAUUACCACUGUGGUGCCAACUAUUUGGAGAUUAAUUCGAAAAUAAUCAGUGGCUUCAGCGGUGGUAGGUUGAUAUCGGUAUGACGUGAGAAACUACUGCAUCUUUCCGAAAUGCGAUGUGACCUAUUGGUAAAUAUGUAAGCAAUAGGAAUCUUUAAGGUCAUCAUUACUUAACAAAAUGACAAUAUAUCUUGUAACUUCCGCUAUGGAACGAUGGUUAAAUUACGUAAAUGUGACUAUUGAAAGGGGGAAUAUAACUAUUCAUACCGAUUUUAGAAAUAAUGUACCGGCCAUUUGAGUUGGGAUAAUUGAUCGCUUUACUUUUACGCCAUUUAGGCGUGUGAAUGUUGACAAAUGCGCAUGAAAAACGAAAAGAUAAUUUUGGAACUGGAAAACAAACUAAGCACGCCUGAUAAGCGGACAGUGGACCUUGGGGGAGAAAACUGUAGUCUGGAUUUACCACUACACACUAAGAUACAAUAACAUGUGAUGACCAUACUAUUUUCUUUAUGGUCCGUUUUGAACGAAUAAUGUUUGAGCAAAGUUUAAGAUCUCCAUUUAGAAGCAUAGAUCCGUCGCAGCUAUGCGUAUGGAGUUACCGGUGAAAUUAAGAUACAAACACGUUUAUUAAGCUAUUAAGCUUCUAUGAGUAACAGUCUUACGGGCUACUAAUAUGUAUAUAAAAAUUUUUUUAUUGUACUAGCGGAAGAACGCUUGUACCUGCACCCACUUGUUUGGAAGCCUUAUCUUUGUCGUUUUGACGGCGAGUCUAACUGGGCCUGUCAGGAAUAACAUGCUAUAGUGGAUUAUCGCCGAUUACUUUCGCGUAUUUUUGUUGAAAUUUAUUCCACUUGUAGAGGCACCUCUAAACAUCUAGCUCUCUAAAUGAACGUGUGGAAAUUAGAAAUUCUUUACGCUGUCGAUAUUGCCACUACAAUUACCACCGCUAAGCGCGAACGAUUCGCAAAUUUGAUUCUGCUAAAAAAGGAAACUUUGCUCAAUUUCCACUGUAAUUUACACUGCCUGGAGGCCCAAUUUUAUAUUACAUUAGAAAAAAGAGCUCAAUUUAUUAGAAACAUUUACAUCACAUUGACAAUCAAUAUUAUAUAUAUUGCAAAAAAUACUUAGCAACACAGCCUGCACAAAAAUACGUAAUCACUGCCUUCCUAAAUUGCAACCAUUGCUCUAUAAAAACGUGUGCUUUGCAUAUCGAAAAAAUCAAAUGUUUUUAAUAUAUAAGUCUUGAAUACGUAGGGCUGUACUCUGGUCAUUACCGUCGAAUGCCGGAAGAACAAAAAUCAUUUAUGCUCUCCCCAUUUUGCGUGAGAAGUCGUAACACGUAAAAGUAUUAUCAGCGGCGGAGGCCCGAUCGCGAGCAACUUUCGCUACAACGGGCUUGAAUAGUACUAGUGUAUGUGCAACCGAUUGUAUUGUCUAAAUGAUCCGUGAGCGUUAUUUCAUCUGCCUAUUGCAUAGUACGUAUAUACUGGUAUUACGGCAGAUGUGCGUAUCGAAUGAGAUGUAACAUCUAAUUAAUCUACUCAAUUGUCCAACCAAAGCGAUCUGCUGGUCACACAAAAUCUGGACACGCAUGCAGUUGAACGAGCGCAAAGUAAAAAUAGAUCGCGCUGUGGUCAGCAGAUAAGGAGUACUCCUGUAUCUAUUUUUUGUGUCUAUUUUUGCAUUGAAUUCGUAUGUUUAGAGAAAUAGCAUCGCGUUGUAAUUAAUAAAACAAGUUAAUAUCGGUGAACAAAGAUCGAAGAACAUAUAUAUAUAUAGAUAUAUAUAUAUAUAUAUAUAAUAUAUAUAC